CAAGGAAGCAGAUAAAGGAGGGGUUUGGUUUGGUCAUUUGCUCAGCCUUCUUCUCCUCCCCCUUCUUCCCCCCUAUGGCUGCCAACACUGUGCCCUCUACCUUUUUCUCUCUCAUGGCGGCCGUCUUCUUCCAGCUUGCAUAGCUCUGGAUCUCCGUUCUCUCUCUCUCUCUCUCUCUCUCUCCCACCCUGCACUGCCAGCCAGCUCUUGAAUUCUUGCUCUAGUGUUGUACACUUGUACUGCUGCAGAGAAAGAAAGUAGAGAGAGAAAGAAGAAGGGGUUGCAGUGCAGGAAGAAAGGAGCGAGAAGAGAAUCUGAAUUUGCUCUUCAGUCAUUGACCAACCCCAGUUUCCCCUUGUUUGUCCCCUUCCCCUCCUUGAUACCUGUGUUAUUCCCUGAGCUGCUGCCUGACGACUCUCUGAACUCUCUCCUCUUGUCACUCUCUUGCCCCCCAUCCUGUUCCUCCUCCUCUUCCGAUCUUGAGUUAAUGCCCCCUCUGUAGCAGCAUCGAUUUAUUGCCACCCCCCACCUUGGGCCUUGGCUAAGUUAUGCUUAGAGGGAGGGAGAGAGAUACAGUAUAACCUAAGGAAACCAAUAAAGAUCAAGGCCUGAAUCAAACCCCUAGGGAGCACUACAAGUUUGCCGCUUUAUGUAUCAUCACCAUCUUCAGCAGCGUGGAGAAGCGGAAGAAGCGGCAUCGGCAUCGGCAGAUCAGGACAGCAGCAUGUCCAACCUCACCACCUCCGCCUCCGCUUCUGCCAACCCUCCUCCUCCUCCUCCAACCACGGCUUCCAACAAGCGCAAGCGAAGCCUACCCGGCAACCCCGACCCAGAGUCGGAGGUGGUUGCGCUGUCUCCGGCGACGCUGAUGGCGACGAACCGUUUCCUGUGCGAGAUCUGCGGCAAGGGGUUCCAGCGUGACCAGAACCUGCAGCUGCACCGGCGCGGGCACAACCUGCCAUGGAAGCUGAAGCAGCGCGGGAGCAAGGAGGUUGUGCGGAAGAAGGUGUACAUCUGCCCGGAGGCGUCGUGCGUCCACCACGACCCGUCGCGCGCGCUCGGCGACCUCACCGGGAUCAAGAAGCACUUUUUCCGCAAGCACGGCGAGAAGAAGUGGAAGUGCGACAAGUGCUCCAAGAAGUACGCCGUGCAGUCCGACUGGAAGGCGCACUCCAAGAUCUGCGGCACCCGCGAGUACAAGUGCGACUGCGGAACCGUCUUCUCCAGGCGGGACAGCUUCAUCACGCACCGGGCCUUCUGCGACGCGCUAACCGAGGAGAGCAACAAGGCCAUCAGCGGCCUGCCACUGGCACCACCCAUGGCGCACGCCCAGCACCACGCCAUGCUCUAUUCGCCGCACGAUCUAAUGCAGCAGCACCAGGAGCUCGCCGCCUUCCAGGACCACCACCAUCCCCAAGUGAUGCAGCAGCAUUGCAACUACGAUGUGAAGCCGGAGAUGCAGCCGUGGCCAACGAUGCCCUACGACGAUGUCCACCACCCGCUGCUGCAGCCGCUCUGCAGCGCCACCGCGCAGGGCUCUGCCACGUCCGUGCCGACGCCUGCGGCAGCCGCGCACCUGUCGGCCACAGCGCUGCUACAGAAGGCGGCGCAGAUGGGCGCGACCAUCGGCGGGGCCGGCGCUGGCGGGGCGGGAGUGCACUACACGCAGAUGGCCGGUUCGGCGACCAGCGCCACCGGCAGUGCCACGUUCGGGCUCGGCCUCUCGUGCCUCAGCAACCAGCAGAUGAUGAGCCUCGCCAGGACCGCCUCCCAAGGCCGGAGCGGUGAGGAAGGCGCUUCGGGAGGGGCCAACGACGGCAUGACCAGGGACUUCCUGGGGUUGCGCGCCUUCUCGCACCGCGACAUCCUCGGCCUCGCCGGCUUUGACUCGUCGUGCAUGGGCGCCGCCGUGAACACGGCCAGCAACAACAUCAACAUGGCGCCCUGCUACGACCCACAACAACAAGGGCAGCCACAGCCGCAGCAGCAGCAGAGCAGCAACGAGCCAUGGCAUGGCAUGGGUAGCCAUAGCUAGCCAUCAUAACAGUUGCAUAGUCGCAUCUCAUCACCGCAGACGCUGAGUACUGCUUGCUGCUACCCUCUACAUUCAGCAGGGGAUACGUCCGUUUUGAACUGGGUAACCCCCUCUCUCUCUCUCUCUUUGAUCUUGAUCUUGCAAGUUGCAAGUUAAGCAAGCUUUGGAGUUUCUUUUGGGGUAGAAGCCAACUGUAAGGUAAAGUUCGGAUCAACGAAACCUACGUGAAAAUAAUACAUGCAUCCGUCGUCUCUCUUC